AUGGGUUACUUUCUGCACAUAUUUCCCUCUCUAUUUCUUUUCUUUUUUCUACUUCUGCUCUCUUCGCUUCUAACAAUGAUGUGUUCUGAUGGAUUCCUCGUUCUCGCUUUUUUCCAUGACAUCCCUCUGCGGCAAAUUCUUGUUCAUCAAAACUACCAUUGCACUUCCUCCGAAAUCUCUGAUACCCGAACGAAUGCUUAUCGUGAUUGGCGGUUGGUUAAUCGUGGUUCCCAGUGCGAUCGUGAGCAAGAAUAUUCGUUCAAUUAUGCUUUGAGCGCUCCGCCUCCGCUAUGUAUGGGGUAUCAAACGUUUACCUUGACGGUACCAGAGCCUGUCCAUCUAUCUCCGAAUCAAUGGGUUGUGCCAAGGAUCGCGGUCUCUUUGUCAUGA